GGAAUGUGUAAGAAGGAAGCUUGGGUGUUUUGUGGGGUUUGUGAUUGAUUUUGUUUGUUUUUGUAGGAUGAGAGGUAGGAAUGUGGAUUCGCACCGGUUGUAUUGGGUGGUGGUGGCCCGGGAUUGGUGGUUGAAGGUCAAUUCGCGUGAGGACUGAGGCGAGAUCAUCGAGGAGAUGGCGCUGCCGAAGCGUUGCGUGAACAACGAGAUUGCGUUGAAGAAGAUUAACUUCCGGUUUUUGGACAAGUACACGAAAGUUUAUUUUCACGAUGGGCCUCCGACGAAGAGGAGGACGACGAAAAGCUACAUAAUCGGAGGUGGUCAGCGCAGAUGUUGCACUCGGUGCCGGCGGUUUACAGCAUCGCAACUUCCCGCCCAUAAACGCUCACAUCGCGACGGCGCAGCUUCAGCUGGGGACAGCGAGCAUGAAAAAUCUGUGUCAUUGUGGAAGGAGGAUGAAGUGCUCGAAAUCAAAUUCCGUUCCGAGUUCUGGAACUCCCUGUUCAGGCACUUCACUUCUCAGCCGGGAAACGUCGACCACCCUUCCCGAAUCAACAGCCAACUUCUCCAAACCGGUCCUGAUGAAGGCCGGCAAUGGACCAUCCUGUUCGCUACUUUGCUGUCGCGCGUCGAAACGUCCAUCCGGAACCGUCCAGCUUGGGGUCUUCGGAAGUUACCGUUGACGCACCGUUAUAAUCGGUACAGCUUGGACUCGGAUGUUAGCCAGAAACGUUAA